GUCAUGGAGUCGAUUCACAGUUAUGAACGACUCUUGCAGUGCUACAAGUCUUCCUCUACGCAUGGGCCCGCGGAUGCCGCCAAUGUCUUGUACAUUUUGGGCAAACUGUCGGUUCGGGCCAAGCAAUUCCACGCCGCACUGGAUUACUUUGAUGAAGAACUGACAAUGACCAAGAGCGUGGUGGGGCACACCCAUUUGGCCAUUUCCAAAAUUCUACACGAAUCUGCUCGUGUCGCCGAUGCCGGCAUGAUGGAUUAUCCCCGGGCGGUGCGCUAUUACCAAGAAGCCUUGCAAGUCGAAACGCGCGUCUAUCAACAGUCCAAACAAGAAAAUGGGACGUCGCUCCUGCAAGAUGCCAAGGCGCAAAUGGGGGAGACCAAACAGUGCUUGGGAAAGUUGCAUUUCAAGAUGGGGGACUUUACCAAGGCCAUGAAGACCACCUUGGCGGUGGACAAGUAG